UAUGCAAGUAAUGGAACUAUCCAUCCUUCUUUGAUUCAUUUUUGUGUAACCUCCCUCUCUUGGAAAAGCAGUUGUAACAUGGCUGAGGAACUGGAUAAGCCUCUGCUUGAUCCUGAGAAUUUCAACCGAGAUGGUAUUGAUUUGGAGCGCAUACCAUUGGAAGAAGUAUUUCAACAGUUGCGAACAUCGCGAACCGGGCUUUCAUCUGACGAUGCUGAAGCCCGGCUGCAGAUAUUUGGCCCCAACAAACUUGAAGAGAGGAAAGAGAAUAAAAUACUGAAAUUUCUAAGUUUUAUGUGGAAUCCUCUAUCAUGGGUUAUGGAAGCUGCAGCAUUGAUGGCCAUUAUCCUUGCUAAUGGGGGAGGGGAUGGUCCUGAUUGGCAAGACUUUGUAGGAAUUUUAUGCCUGCUGGUAAUAAACUCAACAAUAAGUUUCAUAGAAGAAAAUAAUGCUGGUAAUGCUGCAGCAGCACUAAUGGCUCGUUUAGCUCCUAAAACAAAGGUUCUAAGAGAUGGGCUAUGGCAAGAGCAAGAUGCAGCUAUAUUAGUACCUGGAGACAUAAUCAGCAUAAAGCUAGGAGAUAUCGUUCCAGCCGAUGCUCGAUUGCUUGAAGGGGACCCUCUAAAAAUUGACCAGUCGGCGCUUACCGGAGAAUCUCUACCUGUCACAAAGAGAACAGGUAAUGAGGUAUUUUCAGGUUCAACAUGUAAGCAGGGAGAGAUUGAAGCUGUAGUGAUAGCAACAGGAGUUCAUUCCUUUUUCGGAAAGGCAGCACAUUUGGUAGAUAGCACAGAAGUUGUUGGGCACUUUCAGAAGGUCCUUACUUCAAUUGGUAACUUCUGCAUUUGCUCUAUAGCUAUAGGGAUGCUACUUGAAAUAAUCAUAAUGUUCCCAGUGGAGCAUCGUUCAUACAGGGAUGGAAUUAACAACCUUCUUGUUCUCUUGAUUGGAGGAAUACCCAUUGCCAUGCCUACAGUACUGUCUGUGACACUUGCAAUCGGCUCUCAUCGUCUUUCUCAGCAGGGAGCCAUCACAAAGAGAAUGACAGCCAUUGAAGAAAUGGCUGGAAUGGAUGUCCUAUGCAGUGAUAAAACUGGAACUCUUACACUAAACCGGCUAACCGUUGAUCGAAACCUUGUAGAGGUCUUUAACAGAAACAUGGACAGAGAUAUGGUUAUUCUAUUAGCAGCCAGAGCAUCCAGACUGGAAAACCAAGAUGCCAUUGACAGUGCCAUUGUUAACAUGCUAGCUGAUCCAAAGGAGGCACGUGCAAACAUUACUGAGCUUCAUUUUCUACCUUUCAAUCCAGUAGAUAAACGCACAGCAAUCACAUAUAUUGAUUCAGAGGGUAACUUUUACAGGGCCAGCAAAGGAGCACCCGAACAGAUUCUAAAUAUGUGCCAAGAGAAAGACGAGAUUGCUAGAAAAGUGCAUGCAAUCAUUGACAAAUUUGCUGAGAGGGGACUGCGAUCUCUUGCAGUGGCUUAUCAGGAAAUCCCUGAAAAAUCCAAGGAUGGUCCUGGAGGUCCAUGGACAUUUUGUGGUUUGUUGCCUCUUUUUGAUCCUCCAAGGCAUGAUAGUGCUGAGACCAUCAGGAGAGCACUUAACCUGGGAGUCUGUGUUAAGAUGAUCACAGGGGAUCAGUUGGCAAUUGCAAAGGAGACUGGCAGAAGACUUGGUAUGGGGACAAACAUGUAUCCUUCUUCAUCUUUAUUGGGACGUGAAAAAGAUGAAAAUGAAGCACUCCCAGUCGACGAGCUCAUCGAAAAGGCAGAUGGCUUUGCUGGUGUAUUUCCUGAACAUAAAUAUGAAAUAGUGAAGAUUUUGCAAGAAAAGAAGCAUGUAGUUGGAAUGACAGGAGAUGGAGUGAAUGAUGCCCCAGCACUGAAGAAAGCAGAUAUUGGAAUAGCUGUGUCAGAUGCUACAGAUGCUGCAAGAGGUGCUGCUGAUCUGGUCUUAACUGAGCCUGGCUUAAGUGUGAUCAUCAGCGCCGUCUUAACUAGCCGAGCUAUAUUUCAGAGAAUGAAAAAUUAUACAAUAUAUGCUGUUUCCAUCACAAUAAGGAUAGUGCUUGGCUUUGUGCUCCUAGCUUUGAUUUGGGAGUUUGAUUUCCCACCUUUCAUGGUCCUUAUUAUUGCAAUACUGAAUGAUGGCACGAUCAUGACCAUAUCGAAAGACCGAGUGAAGCCAUCCCCUACACCUGAUAGUUGGAAGCUACCAGAGAUAUUUGCCACAGGAAUUGUCAUUGGCACAUACCUUGCUUUGGUUACUGUCCUAUUCUACUGGGCAGUAGUUGACACCACUUUCUUUGAGACUCACUUCCAUGUAGCAUCCUUAUCCAGCAACAGUGAGAAAGUUGCAUCCGCUGUAUAUCUGCAAGUUAGCAUCAUCAGCCAAGCUUUAAUUUUUGUGACUCGCAGCCGCGGCUGGUCAUUCCUAGAGAGACCAGGAGUUCUACUAAUGUGUGCCUUUGUAAUAGCUCAAUUGGUAGCCACCUUGAUUGCUGUCUAUGCACACAUCAGUUUUGCUUAUAUAAGAGGAAUUGGAUGGCAGUGGGCUGGUGUUAUAUGGUUAUAUAGUUUAGUGUUUUAUGUGCCUUUGGACAUCAUUAAGUUCAUAGUGCGCUAUGCUUUGAGUGGAGAAGCCUGGAAUCUGGUAUUUGACAAGAAGACUGCUUUUACAUCAAAGAAAGACUAUGGAAAGGAAGACAGGGCUGCAAAGUGGGUUCUUUCUCAGAGGAGUCUGCAAGGACUCAUGGCUGUGGACCUCGGAGCCAACGAGAGGAGCUCUUCUUGGAUAGCUGAACAAGCCAGGCGCCGCGCCGAAAUAGCCAGGCUGGGGGAAUUGCACACUUUGAGAGGACAUGUAGAGUCUGUUGUGAGACUCAAAAAGUUAGAUUUGAAAAUGAUCCAAUCAGCACACACAGUCUAAUUAAUAUGCUAAUUAUGUUUUUCUUCUUCUUCUUUAUGUCAUGGCAAUGAAAGAGAUUUCACACCAAACAGAACUUCAAAUGAAU